AAGUUGCAGGCACAUUCGCUAGGCAACCAUUAGAGCCAGAUGCGGUCUGAUCAGUAACAUGUUGUGAGCUCCGGUGUUGCGUCGAACGCUAGCAAAGGAAACAUGGUCGACUGGGCAGGCGGCAAGGACUACGAUCGAUGCGCGCUCAACGUCGCAGUGAAGGGUAGGGAAAAGAAAAUCUGCGGUCGAGAUGAAACUUGUGCUGCGCACCUCAUCGCAAUUCAUGCAGAUGAUAUGCGUCUCCGUGCCCCACUCGGGGAAGAGAUGGUCUUACUUACAAUACAAGGCUUGGAAGUCGUCCUUGUAGAGCGGAUCGCCUAUCGAUAAGUAGUACUGCCAUGUGUUUAUUGUCUUUGUCAAGACCAUGCAGCAAACUAAUAACUGCUCAAGUUUUAAUACCGACUUCAGAUCAUUUUUUCCCUGCGAGAACCUCGAGCGUCGGCUUCUGCGCAGCCCUCGUGCCGAGCAUCGUGCUGCUGCGGGGCAGGACGAGCAGGAGCUUUGCGUUCGGUCUGGGCACGGGAAUCGGUGUCGGGAUGGCGCUGCAUGAAAACAUGGUAUAAAGAAUAUUCGAGAUUCUAAUAAUUUGUAUUGCAGCUCCUGCCGUCAGUGAAAAAGUAAAAGUUUCUGAUGCAGUACUACAGCAUGGUAGACAAAUGAAAAAACCUCAGAUGUUCUUCAAGCACGGGCCAACGGUGGUGCAACUCCCCGAGGAUUUCCAGAAAGAAGCGGAGUAUCCUGUGCAAAAGUAUCGUACUCGUUCUCGUACUAAUUGGAAUUAUGCAUGACAAGUCUUGUCCUGAAGGUCAAACAGCAUGACAAAUUCCAUUUGUCAUGCUGAGGUAAUUUGUAAUGCAAUUACUACUAGUACGAUGCUUUUGCAAUUCAUACGGAGUACUAGUAUGCAAUGGAACAAAUACGAGCUAACCGUGUGAGCUACGAGUACUAUGUGGGAACUGCGAAGUAGAGUUUUUUGCCAUGCUAACACCCAUUAUGCUUUCCGUCUCUUUAGGAUACUAGUUAUAUGCAUGUCAACGAAACAGUUCAACGCUGUAGUCCCUGGCAUCUACUUCCGGUGCGCACUCGCGAAAGACAACAUCAAACCAGAGUCACUCGUAUCUUCGCACGACCCUGCUCCCAAUUCACGGGUUGUUGUAUACCUACCGGGAUUACUUCCUUGAGCGGCUCCCGGCCAAGGAGUACAUAAAAGCGCUGGCGAGCAAGAGCUGAUCAAGAUGAGAAGACCAUUUGUACAGACCAACAAAUACGGUGAAGAGCAUCAUCUCUACAACCUGCAUCACAAACAACAGAGCAAUGGGAAAACUGCGGACUCGUCUGAAUCUUUUCAAUUCUGUACUUCUAACUACGCAAUUAU